UCUCCCUCCGCCUCUCCUGCCCGGGGCUUUGUGCUGGUGGUGCGCGAGGCGCGGGCGCGGCCGCGAUGGGGGCGGCGGUCUUCUUCGGCUGCACCUUCAUCGCCUUCGGGCCGGCCUUGGCCCUCUGCCUGCUCACCGUGGCCGGAGACCCCCUGCGGGUCAUCAUCCUGGUAGCAGGGGCCUUUUUCUGGUUGGUCUCCCUCCUCCUGGCUUCUCUGAUCUGGUUUAUUUCGGUGCAGCUCAGCGACCGGAACAAUGGGCAACUGCAGUACGGCCUCCUGCUCUUUGGCGCAGCCGUCUCUGUCCUCCUGCAAGAGGCCUUUCGCUUUGCGUACUUCAAGCUCCUCAAGAAGGCGGACGAAGGCCUGGUGUCCCUCAGCGAAGAUGGCCGGCCUCCCAUCUCUAUCAAGCAGAUGGCCUAUGUGUCGGGCCUCUCUUUCGGGAUCAUCAGCGGCCUCUUCUCCGUCAUCAAUAUCCUGGCGGAUUCCAUCGGUCCGGGCACUGUGGGAAUCCAUGGGGACUCGCCCCACUACUUCAUCACGUCAGCUUUCUUGACGAUGGCCCUGGUUUUCUUGCAUACCUUCUGGGGGACCAUCUUCUUCGAUGCCUGUGAGAAGGGGCGCUACGGGAGGCUGGGGCUGGUGGUCACCAGUCACCUGGUCACGUCUGGGUUGACCUUCCUCAACCCUUGCUACGAAGCCAGCCUCAUCCCCCUGUUCCUCCUGACGCUCUCCACGGGGGCCUUGGCAUUCUCGACUGCCGGAGGGUCCCUGCACAGCAUUCAAGCUUGCCUCUCUGGCAAAAAGGAAGAGGGAGAUUCCGUCAUGGUCUACUCGGCCCUACAGCUCCCGUCUGAAGACUGAGCAGUGCUCGCACAGCUGGCCCACGAGUCCCCCUUCUUGCCAACUGGGGAAGGCUCAUAGCCCCACCCCAGUCAGUGCACAACUCCAGGACCAGAGGGAGCGGGUGCGAGUCUAGCAGAAACUGAGCCCACUUGGACCGCAGACUCCCCUGCCUGGAGGGAGGAAUUCUGUCUCCUUCAACGGGUCCCCACCCCACCCCUUCUUUCUGCUGCAGAAGGCCGCAGUGUUUCACUCUCCCGUCUCCUUUUUGUGGGCUGUGUGCGCAGAUGCUCCCCACCCCUUGUAGCUUACGAGCCCUUUCUCAGGGGGAAAGAACGACACAACGGCAGCCAGCUCUGGGAAGACUGACUCGGACUGCUGGCGUGGAUGAUGAUAAUUUAAAUUUAGUUUUUUUCAGCAUGGACUCCAGUUUCUCUGGUCAGCAGCUAGCUUAGCUAGAUGCUUGUUUUCUGGGGGAGUCUGUUCCCCCCCAGCGGACUGCAGGCAAGUCCCAUUUUGUACCCUUCUGUACCCCCACCCCGCCUCUGUUGGCAAACGGGAACCAGUUGGUAUUUCCCCCCUGUAUUUGGCCCUGCGGUCGCCUGUUCUGUUCUUAACCUGUGCAAGAAUUUGUUCGUUUUCAGAAUUGUGGAACUUGUUCCCUCUGCUUGGCCAGUGUGGGCUACAAUCGCAGCCGUCUGCUCACACAUAAGCAAAGAACUUCGCACCCUGAAUUUCACUUGAUAAUGGGGUCAUUUGGUCUUUUUUGCUGGCAAAGCUGCAACCCAGGUUUGGCAGUGAAAUAAUGUCUUUUAGGCCAGGGUGAUGAAAGGGUUGUCGAAGGCUUUCACGGCCGGAGUCCAUUGGUUGUUAUAGAUUUUCCGGGCUGUGUGGCCAUGGUCUUGGCGUUGUGAGAACUGAUGUUUCACUGGCAGCUAUGACUGGCCUCCUCAGAGGUGUAACCCAGAAAAGUGGAAUUCUCUCUGGGUCAAAUUGAGAAGAAGGUGGUAGGUAGGUAACCCAGAAAACUGGAGUUCUCUCUGGAUCAAACUGAGAAGAAGGAGGUAGGCAGACAAUUUGUAUCUACUCCAGCAGGUGGGGUUGGGCUGAGUCAUUAUCUUGUGGGAGCUUCCUGGGCUGUGACAUGCUAAUGGAGGAGCUUCCCUGAGGGGUUCUUUUGUAUAUCCAAUCCAUAUACAAUAGCCAAUCCAUAUACAAAAGUGCCCCCUCAGGGAAGCUCCUCCAUUAGCAUGUCACAGCUCAGGAAGCUCCCACGAGAUAAUGACUCAGCCCGACCCCACCUGCUGGAGUAGAUAUAAAUUACCUGCCUACCAACUUCUUCUCAAUUUGACCCAGAGAGAACUCCCAGUUUCUGGGUUACACCUCUGAGGAUGCCAGUCACAGUUGUUGGCAAAAUGUCAGGUCUCACAAUGGCCACGGCCACACAGCCAGGAAAAUCUACAACAACCAAUGAAGGUGUUGUUUGAGAGGCCUGCUGUGUUCUUUUGUCUCAUGACCAUCUCCCUGUGCAACUCUUUGGUCUUUGAACCUUGCCUGCCACUCCACAGUAUCCCAGCGCCUUUUUUCAAACAGAGUAGGCCAAAUUCCUCUUGGGUUGAUGUUUUCAGAGGGGACAGGAGAGGAGAGCUGUAUGUCACUUCAACCUUUUCGGAGCUCCCAAGGUCCCGCAAUGGCUUGACCAUCAAUCAAUCAGCUGCCACGGCAGGGUUUUGGAAAGCAAGGGUGCUGCAUCGCCAUCUUCUGGCUGGGAAGUGUUACUGCGCCUGUGUUGAUUUCUUCGGCCUCUUUAAUAGUCUAAGAACAAAAACAUCCCGGUUUUCUUCAGAUGAAAUUGCUCUUUCUAAUUCCAGGGAGAUUCAAACUUUCCCCUUCCGUGAUGUUCUAGAGCAGGUGGCCAGCGUUCCCUCUUUUGACUUAUGCAUUGAUCCUUUUUAUGACUGAAGUGCAAAUCUUUUUAGUAUUGGCUGCUUGGUACAAUGAAUAAAAGAGCUUCUAUCUUUCAA